UUUCCUUUUUAUUUAUUUUACUAAAAAUCAAUUUCUGUAACAAAAAUCAAAAUCCAGAUUGCAAAUCAGAUCUGAUCGUUGCCUCUUCUAAUUUACAGGCCACCUCUAACUCCCAGUAGCUUAUUAAAUUACUUGCUUUCUGUAGAUCCAUUGGUUUUUUCCACUAGCAAAACACACGAAAGAAUGUAGCUGUCACUUGCCUCGGAAGGAAAUGAAAGCACCAGAAACUUGCAGAAAAGUUGCAAGGCACGCUUGGUUGUAAAUAUAAGUGGGUGGAUAGUACACCACGAAAGGAAACAAAACGAGAAUCCCUAUUCCAUACUUGACAUUCUGCACUCCACACUGAUCAAUGGGGUCCGAGCAGAAUCAAUUUCCACAACUACCAGCUCCUCGGGAGAAUGUGUUAUGUUAUGAGCUGGGCUGGACUGGACCAAAUUACAUUUCUUAUAAAUGGUAAAGAGAUGGGGAUGCUGUUGGGGUGGAAUGUCUUGUUUUGGCAAACAAAAAGGUGGAAAACGUAUUGUACCUGCAUCUCGCAGUCCAGAGGCCAAUUCUUUAUCAAAUCAGCCAGAUGGACAUCUGGCUGGUGGAUUGCCUAAUCAGUCUACAUCUAUUUUAGCCCCACCAUCUUCACCUGUGUCCUUCUCGAAUUCUGCACUCCCUUCAACAACUCAGUCACCCAAUUGUUACUUGUCAGCCAAUUCGCCAGGAGGUCCUUCAUCUACUAUGUUCGUCACAGGUCCAUAUGCCCAUGAGACACAACUCGUAUCUCCUCCCGUAUUCUCGACUUUCACAACUGAACCAUCUACAGCUCCUCUAACUCCCCCACCCGAGUUGGCACAUAUCACUACUCCCUCUUCACCAGAUGUGCCUUAUGCUCGAUUCCUUUCAUCUUCUGCCAAUCUUAAAGCCACUGAUAAAGACAGACAGAUUAAUGCCAAUGAUCUUCAAAUGAAUUAUUCACUUUAUCCUGAAAGUCCCGCUAGCAGUCUCAGAUCACCUGUUUCAAGAACAUCUGGUGAUGGCCUAUCAUCAUCUUUUCGUGAAAGGGAGAUUCCUCUGCUAUGGGAUACUUCGAUUCUUUCACAAGAGACUGCAUGCACAAAAUCUGAGUCGGGCAGGUUACUUGGGCUUCAACCAGUUGGUGUCUCCACAUUGCGACAAGAUUCCAAUUUUUUCUGCCCAGAAACAUUUGCUCAAUUCUACUUGGACCACUCUACAUUUUCUCAUUCUGGUGGUAGGCUGAGUAUUUCCAGGGAAUCAGAUGCAUAUUCAAGUUAUGGAAAUGGGCAUCAGAAUAGGCAGAAUAAAACUUGCAAACCAGAUGUUGAGGAAAUCGAAGCUUACAGAGCAUCCUUUGGGUUCAGUGCUGAUGAAAUCAUCACUACAACUCAAUAUGUGGAAAUUUCUGAUAUCACAGAUGAUUCCUUUAGCAUGACACCUUGUACUUCUAAUCAGCCGCAUGAAGGGGAACAUAUCAUAACUGCCCCAACAGUCGAAAAUCCACUAGCAAAGAAGACACAUGAAGAUUUUCCAAGCCCACAGUUUGGUAAAGCGAAACAGAAUCAUGAUGAGGGGGCACACUUUGGUAUGCCUGGUUCAUGCAAUGGUUUCGAAGUUCAUGUUCCACACAGUCGAUUUGGAGAUGGUUCUGCAAGAAACGAUCCUGAUAACUACAGUGUGAGUGAUAAUGAUGACUUAUUCCAUAACGUGGAAGCUUCCAGAAUCAGCCAGAAACAUCAUUUGUGCUCUUCAAAUUCUGAUACAGAAAUCGAGUAUAGGAGAGGACGAAGCAUGAGAGGAGGACGAAGCUUAAGACAAUGCUAAGGUUACUUUUCAUGGCACGACUUUCUCAUGAACUCUUGUAUGUAUUUAAGCUUUCGUGUCCAGGGUUCUGUGACAAAUAAUCUGACAUUUGCUCCAAGCCUUCCUUUUUUGCGAAUUUGCACAUCUGUCGGGAUUGUAAACUUACUAUCCCAACAGUACCAUUGGUGGCUGUCCAGGGUAAAAGUAUCAAAUGAUACAAUUUGGUAUCUUUGUAUAUGUUUUGAAUCUUCUAUUCAAAAUGCUAGCUUAAAUCCU